UCUGAGGCUAACACAGAGCAAACCAGAACUCGAAAUCGGAGUAUUGUCAAAACACGCAGCACAUGGUACGAGGCCCAACUUCCAAAAGAAAUGCUUGCAAAUAGCCCAUAUUAAUCCGGAAUUACUUAAGUCCAGGCAGCAUUUUAUCGAAACCACAGACAUGGCUUUAAAAAGUGACUUCGAUAUUUUGUGUAUCUCUGAAACUUGGUUUAAACCUGCCCCGAGGGACACUAAUGCAAGUGUAGAGAUUGAGGGGUAUAGGUUCUAUCGCCUGGAUCGUCCUAAAAAAGAGGGAGGUGGUGUCUGUGCUUAUAUUAAAUCACACCUAAAGGCCAGGAUUCUGAAAGACCUAACGGGAAUUACUGAAUCUGGAUUGCAUCAACUUUACAUUCAAGUGCAAAGCAAAAAUCUUCGCUGUAUAGUGCUUGGUGUAAUAUAUAGACCGCCUGAGAUUGGUGUUACGUGCCUUACGUGCCAUCAAGUAGGAGGUAGUAGAACUAUGGAUAUGAAUAGCGAAGAUGAAGAUGAAGAUGACGAUGAAUUAGAAACUAAUUUUUUUAAAUCAUGGAGGCGAGUUGUAGGACCAUAUUCCAAAAAAUUUCGUACUCGUACAGUAGAAUAUGUAUUUGUGACCAAUGAAAACCAAGAACUUCGAGGAGAUGGUAAUGAAGAACGUGCUCUUUUCCAUGGACGAAUGUGGGUCGAUUUAGUAUUUCAACGUGCUUUGCUCCAAAUCUACGAAGCAGAAAAUCUUCAGCCUCGAGAUCGUGUGAAUAUCAGUAUCUUGGGAGGUGAUUUGACGUAUCCGCUGACCAUACCUUAUCACCCAUUUCAUUCUCCUGAACAUCAACAAAGAUCACUUAUGGAUGUUAUCAAUCGAAUUCAACAAUCGAAAAAAGAAUGGAUGAUGGGAGCUACUUUGACAAUAACCAUCAGUGUUGUACAAUCACAUGAAAGAAAUGGACGGAAACUUAAAAACAACGGAGUAACUCAAGAACGUUUUAUGGAGUUGGAAGAACGGAAAGGAAUCACUAAAGUAUUGAAUUGGUCGAUCACAUUGAAACGUAUUUUACAAAGAUUCGGUAAAAAAGAUAGUAACGACGAUAAUAACGACGAUGAUUGGUGUUCACGAUUAUCCAAAUGGUGCCAACUUUAUCCGGAUAUCAAUGUGCUUGUAUUGGGUCAAGAGCAAGGAUGGGGUGAACCUCACACGGUUCUUUGGAAAAGUCAAUGUCAUGAUUUGAAUCGUGUCGUCGUGUUAUGGAAAACCGCAGACAACGAAUGGUAUGAAAUUUUGAGCCCCAAUGCACUUUUUACUGGUAGAUUGGUUCUAUGUUUAAAAUGCGGUCAAUGUUGUUCAAGCUAUAAGAGUCACCGAUGCAGUGAAGAGGAAUUUAAUGGAUUGAGAAAAUACAAACGAAAAGCGCAUUUCAAAUGUACGGAAAAAGAACUGAAACGUAAAAAAAGAUGCCGAUACGAUUGUGACAUGGAACAGAAUUGUUUAGGAGCUUCAUUGUUCCAAGCCAUGAAAGAAUGGAAAUACGAAUUGAAUCCUACCAUCGCUUUGCAAGAUUGGUUUGCAGAAUUGAAAAUGGAUGAUACAUGGAACCAACCGUCUGAUCUUGAAACUGUUAAAAGAUGGGCUCAAAUUCUUCAAAGACAUUACAGUAAACCUAUUGAACUUAUUGUUUACGACACCAGUUUGAAAGAAAUCCAAGCACGUUUUGGAGGAGAAAACGAGCCAGAAAGUCGUUCUCUAUUUUUAGAGUAUGAUCGACAUCAUUUCACUUGGAUUCGAUCGAUGGCAGCAUGGAUGGGAUACAAAUGGUUUUGUAGGAAGUGCAUGAAAGGUUACAACAACAGUAAAGAAACUCAUAAAUGUAAUCGUGAUUGUAUUCGAUGUGGUCAUCCUCAAUGUCAUCCUCAGAAAGAUUCGGCUAUCUUAUGCGAAGAUUGCGGAAUUCGAUUUGGCACCACAAUGUGUUUUUUUCAUCAUAAAAAAACACGCGACAAGAAAGGAGUGCUGUUUACUCAAUGUGAAAGACGAUUUAAAUGCACUCAAUGUUACUGCAUUGUAGAUCGAUGGUCGAACUCCGACAACGCUUUGAAACCUAAAUCGUCUCAUCGAUGUUUUCAAUACAAUUGCAAUAUCUGUGGAGUUCGAGACGUGACACGAGGAGAACACCAGUGUUUCAUUCAAACUGAACAGCAUCGUGAACAUGACUUUGAUGUUUCCAAGCGUCCUAUGAAAUUGGCAUUUUUUGAUUUUGAAACGCGAUGUUUAGAAGAACAUCACAUUGUCAACAAAGUCGUUGUGUUGUUAGUGUGCAAUCAAUGUCAAGAUCAUAUUGAAGAAUGGAAAACGCGUGGUUGUACGGGAAGUUGUGGUCGAAAGCGUUUAUGGAUCUUUGAUACGAUAAAUGAAUUUCUGGAUUGGUUGUUGGGACCUAUGAGGCAGACAUGGAUGGAUUAUACGUUUCUGGCUCACAACUUCAAAGGAUACGACUCGUAUCCUAUUCUCGAAGGAUUAGUGAAACGGAACAUUUGUCCGACAUCGUGUGUCUAUCAAGGGACAAAACUUCUUACCAUGACAGUGAAUGGAAUUAUCUUCAAAGAUUCGCUUUGUUUUAUUCCCAUGGCUUUACGUCAGUUUCCUGCAGCGUUUGGAACAUCGGGUGGAAAGAAAGGGUACUUUCCUCAUUUUUUUAAUAAAAAAGAAAAUGAACAUUACAUCGGACCGUAUCCUCCUUUACAAGAUUAUGGAUAUGAUGAAAUGACCUCCGAAUCUGAAAAAAAAGAAUUGAAGGAAUGGUGGCUAACCCGACAAAAUCAAACCAUGAAUUUUCAACAAGAAUUAACAGAAUAUUGUAUUCAAGAUGUCUUGGUGAUGAUGAGAGGAUGUUUGAAGUAUCACGAAUUGAUUGUUUCUUUGUAUGGAGUGAGUCCAUUUCAAGAAGCCGUGACACUAGCCUCGACUUGUAUGAAAGUGUUCCUGAAAAACUUUCUUCAUCAAGAUAUGAUUGGAAUUGUUCCUCCCAUGGGAUAUCGUCCAAGAGAUGUUUAUUCUCAUCAAUCGAUGGAAUGGUUGUACUCUCUGGGAAUUCCACAUCUUCGUUCUGCUCUGAGCCCAUUGGGCGAAAAAACACUUCUUGGUGAUAAAGUGGAUGGCUAUGACGACGAGACCAAAACCGUUUACCAAUACCAUGGCUGUUACUGGCACGGGUGUGACUGCUUUCAGAAUCGAUUUGUGAAGAAUCCUCACCUGGGAAAAACAAUGUUAGAGUUGAAAGAGCAAACGGAAGAUCGAACUCGUGCAUUGCGGCAAGCGGGGUAUUUUGUGGUUGAAAUGUGGAGUCACAUAUGGGAUGUCGAACGAGUUCAACAUACUCCUUUUCCUCGUGAAGUGACAUGUCAAUUUCCUCUUCAGCCUAGACAAGCUUUGAUGGGAGGACGAACCAAUGCAAUUCAUCUUUAUGCUUAUACAGACGAAAUCGGAUUACCUACGAAUACCACUGAUGAAAUAUUGCAAACCUUGACUACUCCAUCGUAUCGCAUUCGUUAUAUUGAUGUCGUUUCUCUUUAUCCCACGGUGAUGAAACAAGAGAGAUUUCCUGUCGGACAUCCAACUAUUCUUACGGUAUCGUUGUUACCAUCGUUGGAAGAAUGUAUUGACAAUGUCGAAAAAGAAAAAUGGUUCGGAUUGGUCAAAGUCGACGUUGAUCCACCUCAUGAACUAUUUUUCCCUGUAUUGCCGAUGAUUAUUCAUCAGCGAUUGAUGUUUGGACUUUGUCGAACAUGCAUGCAAGAAAGCAAUGAAGAAGAAGAAGAUAACGAUGACAAAAAUAAACGGUGUCCUCAUUCAAAAGAACAGCGUCGAUUAUUGGACGGGGUGUGGACAACGUUUGAAUUAAAGAAAGCUUUAGAAAAAGGUUAUCAAAUCCAUGCUUUUCAUGAAGUAUGGCACUACUCUGAAACCACUCAAACCUUAUUUUCUGAUUAUAUUAAUCAAAAUUUAAAGUUAAAGAUGGAAGCAUCAGGCUGGCCGUCUCGAUGUCAAACAGACCAAGAGAAACAGGAAUUCUUGAAGGAAGUCCAGCAACGCGAAAACCUCAAAUUAGAUCCUGAAAAAGUAGCCUUUAAUCCAGGGAUGCGUUAUGUUGCUAAAUUAUUUUUAAAUUCACUAUGGGGAAAGUUUGCUCAAAAUGAACAACGAUCAAAAACCGAGUACGUGAAUGAAGCUGAACAUUACUUCAAGUUGUUGUAUUCGGAUGUUCAUGAAGUCAAUCAAGUUAUUUUGUUGGAUCAAGGAGAAAUGGCACAAGUGACUUUUACAGAAAAGAAAGAAGUCAUUCGUCCUUUGCAGUAUGGAAAUGUAGUUUUAGCAUCGUGUGUCACAUCGUGGGCGCGUUUGAAAUUGUACGAAAUGUUAGAAAAAUUGAAUUUCCGAGUAUUAUAUCACGAUACCGAUUCCAUCAUUUACAAGACUCAAAAUGAAGAAGAUGAAGAAAUUCAGACAGGAUCCUCAUUAGGCCAAUGGGAAGAUGAAUGUAAAGAUCCUCAAAGAGAUUGGUUGAUCGAAUUUGUAUCCAUUGGUCCAAAAUCUUAUGCUUAUCGAACCCAUAAAGGAGGUACCUAUAUAAAAUGCAAGGGAAUUACAUUGACUGAAUCGGUUCGUGAAAAAGUACAUUUACAAUCGAUGAAAGAAAUGGUGGUUGAAAAAAACAAAACCCAAACUGUAUCUUAUCCGCGUCGAAUUGAAAGAGAUUCUGUAUUUAAACAUCUUCGCACCGUUUCUACAAGCAAAUGUGUUCAACUCGUGUACACGAAGCGUCAAUUUCUGGGCGAGAACUUGAUUCGUUCUUAUCCUUUUGGAUAUUGA